AUGACGCGGGGACCUGCAGCCACAGAUAGCUGGGAGGGAGGCGAGGAGCAGGCCUUCGACCCACCCUACUUAUCUGCCACACCUGGCUUAGGAGCAGAGAUGCUAAGGCAGAGGUCGGUGGCGUCGUCGGGGCAGCCCCCCGGCGAGGUGCAACCGGGGGAGCCCAGGGCAGAGGAGUUGUGGGAGCAAGAGAUGGAGAGACUGUGCUCCUCCAAGGCUCCGGUGCGAACGCUGCCCUACUCUAUGGCGGACAAACGUGUCAUACGGCAAAUGCGAGAGCCCGAGGGGAUGCAGCCCUCAUGCUGGGAGCGGUGGCGGCGCCAGCACUGGGCUGUGAGAAGACGGCUCCACGAGACAGCCCAGCGGUUCAAGGGCUGCUUCCGGCUCUGGGAGGGUGCUCUCCAUGAGAUUGGAGGCCUCUUUGGCACUGGCAUCCAGUCCUACUUCACCUUCCUGCGCUUCCUACUGCUGCUCAACCUGCUGACGUUCCUGCUGACAGCCAGCUUCGUACUGCUGCCCCUGGUCUGGCUCGGCUCCCCCGACCCAGGGCCCACCCUCAACCUGACCCUCCAGUGCCCCAGUGAUGGCCAAGGCCAGACUGACCCUCAGACGUUCCAAAAUCAACUUUGGAAUGUCUUAACUGGCAGGGCCUUCAACAACACCUAUCUCUUCUAUGGCGCAUACCGGGCGAGGCCGGAGAGCAGCUCCACCUACAGCAUCCGCUUGGCCUACCUGCUCAGCCCACUGGCCUGCCUGCUCCUCUGCUUCUGUGGGACACUGCAGCGGAUGGUGAAGGGGCUGCCGCAGAAGCCGUUCCUGGGUCGAGAGCACAGGACGCUGCUCAGCGCCAAGAUCUUCUCCUCUUGGGACUUCUGCAUCCAUGUGCGAGUAGCUGCCACCAUCAAGAAGCUAGCAAUCUGCAAUGAGUUCAAGGUGGAGCUGGAGGAGGAACGCCGCUUCCAGCAGGUGCAGCAGCAGACCCGGGCCCAAAGAGCCUGCCACUUGCUCACCUACCUGCGGGUCAACCUGCUCAUUGGGCUCCUGGUGAUGGGGGCCAUCAGCGCCAUCUUCUGGGCCACUAAGUACUCACAGGACAACAAGGAGGCUUCGGUGUUUCUGCUACUUCAGUACCUGCCCCCUGGGGUCAUUGCCAUGGUCAACUUCCUGGGUCCCCUGCUGUUUGUAUUCCUGGUCCAACUGGAGAACUACCCUCCCAACACCGAGGUCAACCUUACUCUCAUCUGGUGUGUGGUGCUGAAGCUAGCCAGCCUGGGAAUGUUCUCAUUCUCGCUGGGCCAGACUGUGCUGUGUAUAGGCACGAACACCACCAGCUGUGAGUCCUACGGUUACAACGCCUGUGACUACCAGUGCUGGGAGAACUCAGUGGGAGAGGAACUAUACAAGCUGAGCAUCUUUAAUUUUCUCCUUACGGUGGCCUUCGCCUUCCUGGUCACCCUGCCUCGCAGGCUGCUGGUGGAGAGAUUCUCCGGCAAGUUCUGGGUCUGGCUAGACCGGGAGGAGUUCCUGGUACCCAAGAACGUGCUGGACAUCGUGGCAGCACAGACGGUAACCUGGAUGGGCCUCUUUUAUUGUCCCCUGCUGCCUUUGCUCAACAGCAUCUUCAUCUUUCUCACCUUCUAUAUCAAAAAGUACACCCUCCUGAGGAACUCCAAGACAUCCAUGCGGCUCUUCCGAGCCUCCAGUUCCACCUUCUUCUUCCAGCUGGUCCUCCUUUUGGGCCUGCUUCUAGCAGUGGUGCCCCUGGGCUACGUGAUUAGCAGUGUCCACUCAUCCAGGGACUGCGGCCUUUUUGCCAACUACCGCGAGCCCUGGAAGGUGGUCCCGGAGCUGGUGGCCCUCCGCCUCCCACUGACCAGCCAGCGUGCCCUUCACUACCUCCACUCCCAAGCCUUCAGCUUCCCCCUCCUCAUCCUGCUCAGCCUUGUCCUGACGGUAUGCGUCUCCCAGUCCCAGGCCAACUCCAGGGCCAUCCAGGGCCUCCAGAAACAGCUGAUGUGGCAAGUCAAGGAGAAGUGGCACCUGGUGGAGGAUUUGUCGCGACUGCUGCCCGGGCCGGACCCGAGCAACUCUCCCGAGUCCCUUUACUCCCGAGCUUCGCGCCCGCGGUCCUUCUGUCCCGGAUUCCCAUGCCCGGGAUCCCCGGGUUCCACUUCCCCUCGGCUGGGAGCCUCCCUCGGGCAUCCGCCCGGGCCGCAUUCCCCCUACCCCGGACCGCGUGGCGCCCAAGACCAAAACCCCGCCUACAGAUUCCGCUUCCCCAGUGCCUCUGAGCCAUAG